AGCCCGUGUUUCUCAUCUCAAGACUUUUAUUUUUUAUCACUUCAUGUUGCCGAAUUCAGGUUUUCGGGACUUUUAUUUUGAAAACAGUACUUUAUUUUGAAGGUGUGUGUUUUCAGUAUGUACAGUCUAUGGUUUUCAGGCUGCUCUAGCGGUGCGGCAGCGGAGCACCUGCACGGCUCACCUGUCCUGGUCCGUCUCGUUUCGCGGUACCGGACCGAUCCGAACUGCUAGCACCGGGGACACCGGGUCUCCGCUCGGACCGAUGCGAACCAGGUGAUUCGUGCUGCAGUCUGCAGCUUCUGGGUUACCUCUGAGCUCCGAGCCGCGCUAGAGCCUCGAGUCUCAUACCUGGGUUCUCGUUCUGGGUGGUCGGCAGUCCCACUGGACCGAACACCGUUCUCGGUCAUUCAGUCUUCAGCAAACCUGAAUGUGACGGAUUCGGUAGAAUUCGGCACAGAAACAAGGUGACCGAACCAACGCGCCGUAGAAACAUCCGGAUCGGAACAGAAAGAUUCUGAGAUUAAUGUGACUGGAGCUGGAGCUUCGGAACUGCGAGUCCAGAACUUGUUGGAGCACAAUUCGGCUGCAGCUGAAUCCCCUAAACACCAUGAGCACCCAGGGACCGGGCCGGAAGAGGAUCCCGAACCGGGAGAAGCUGACCGGGCAGGAGGAUGCGCUAAGCCAGAUAGCGCGAGAGGCAGAGGCUCGACUGGCGGCAAAACGGGUGGCACGAGCAGAGGCCCGGGAGUUCCGGAUGAAGGAGCUAGAGAGACUACAGCUGGUUUACAGCCACAAGAAGUAUUAUGGUCUGGAUUAUAAGUGGGGCCACAUCGAGCAGUGGAUGGAGGACAGUGAGCGGUACUCUGGCCUCUCUCGGAGACACCCUUCGAUUUCAGACGACGAGGAGAGAAUGUCAGUGGGCAGUCGAGGAAGCCUCAGGCCCUCAGACCAUGGUGGUCUUCUGGCCUCUGGCUCUCGAGCUUCCUCCAGGGCCAGUUCAGCUCGUGCCAGCCCAGUGGUAGAAGAAAGGGUGGACCGUGAGUUCAUUGAUAAGUCUCAGGGCUCCAGGGCAGCAUCCACUCUGUCGACCACGACGCUGGCGUCACUGGGUGCAGCCUCGUUGGGCGGGGCUUCAUCACGAAGAGGAAGUUGUGACACAUCGUUUUCUGUGGAAACAGAAGCAUCAAUCAGAGAGAUGAAGGACUCCCUGCUGGAGACUGAGGAGAAGUACCGCAGAGCGAUGGUUACCAACGCUCAGCUACACAAUGACAAGACAGCCCUGAUGUUCCAGGUGGAGACUCUGAGAGAGGAGCUUGGUGACCUAGAGGAGCUUCUGUGGGAGUCUCGCCGAUGUUGUGACCUCUCCAACAAGGAAUUGGAGCUCGAGCGCCAGGCUCACAAGGCUCUGCAGGUCCAGUUCACGGUGACAAGAGAAACUCUCAGACAAACUAAGGAGCUGCUGAUGAACCACGGCAUUUCUCCUGACCUAAUCAACAAGGACGCAGAACUGAAUGAGGAAGAUGUCAACGCAGAAUCUGUAUCCCGAUUGGCAGAGGAGUCACCUCAGGGCAGCAAAGAGAGCAUCAUUGGGAGAACUGAAUCACGGAGACCUGCAGAGGGCAACAAAAACCUUCAAGACCUUCUUGAGCAGUCUCGGAUAUCAAACACAAUCACUACCAGCAACCAAACUGGACAAGCUACCGAGAGAGUCAACACAAGUGAUCAAAAUGAACCUAUUUCAGCCCAGCCAGAACAAAAGACAGCACCCUUUGUUCCAAAGGAAAUAUGGACCGGUUUGGACAGGACCGUACAAGAGCUGCAGUUGAAGAAACAGUUGGAAGAAAAAGAAAGUUUACAAGAGCAGGUGAGGCUGUUACAGUCUCAGCUCCAUCAGAAGAACCAGGCUGACAGAGUCAAGAAUCCAGAGGAGGAGAGGCUCGAGAACGGGAUGGAAUCUCUUCUGCUGGACAUGCAGAGAGACACUAACAGGCAGAUGAGUGAUCUGAAGUUUAAACUGGUCAAAUCUGAACAGGAAGUCACAGCUCUGGAGCAAAAUGUGAUCCGACUUGAGGGCAAGGUGAGUCGCUACAAAUCAGAAUCUGAGAAUGCCCAAAAGAUGGAAGAUGAGCUGAAGGUGGAGAAGAGACGACUGCAGAGAGAGCUUCGUUGGGCUCUGGAGCGGAUCGGAGAGCUGGAGUCCACUAACAACCACCUGUCCAAGCGCUUGGAGAAAAUGAAAGCCAACAGGAACGCCCUGCUGGCCCAGCAGUGACACUUCGUCCUGGGAUGACCCUCCAGAUCUGGUGAGGUUCUAGUCCACAGCCACCACCAGACCCAGAUCCCACAAACAAGACUGAAGCCUAGAGUUCACCACCUGAAGACCCAAAUAAUUAAACAUGGACCAAAAUAAAAUAGAUUCAUCUGGUCCUGAGUCCAGAGAGACUUGGGUCCUGUCCUGGUGAGGACUUGGUUCCUGGUGAGGAUUCAGGUCCUGGUAAGAGAGGUUGAGGUCUCAUGGUUCAUCUGAGUGAAACAUCUGCAGAGAUAAAGCUUCACCCCGGUUCAAAUUUACUUUAUUAGUCUCAGGCUGAAGCUCCAGCUGGUAAAACUAUCGGAUACACAUUCAGACUCGGGUACUAAAAACAGUUAUCUUAUACAAGUUAAAGAGGAAAAGAUAAAAAUCUUGUCUCAGUGAUGUCCAUAAUGAGACUGUGUGUAUAAUGGACGAACCCUCCUGGCCCGCAGGUUGCUGAAGAGCUGAACUGAAACCCAGUGGGCGGUUCCCACCACCGUCUUGGCCACUUCUCAUCACUCCCAGAAAAUACAAAAAGGAGCUGAGAGCAGGGCUGGGAGAGUGGGGGCAGAUGAUUGACACCCAUCAAACCCUGUGCUGAUGUAGCUAGGAGCUAUCUGAGCUAACCAAAGCAGGAGCUUGAAGGCGUUUUUAGCCAGAAAGUCAUGGUUGAGUGACUCUGCUACCUCUGCUUUCUAGUCUGCAACACUUUUAACCUGGGCUGAGGCUGAGGCCUUCCAUGUAGCAAGCAGGACAGCAAGCUGCUAGUGCUAGUGCCGAUGGCUCAUCUGCUGCCUGCCAAUAGGCACGCCCCUAAUUAUUCAUCAUUUUAACCUUUAAUUACAUCCAAACAGAUGAGUUGCAAAAACAUUCACCCCCUCAGGGCUGCCACGACGGUAAACUUGACCUGAUAAAUCUAAAAUUGUUUUUGGAACCAGGCUGUAAACAUGCUUAUUUCUGCUGUGAAGUUGACAUUUUCAACAUGGGAGUCGAUGGGAGCGUUUUCCUUUCUGGAGCCAGCCCCUAAUGGAAGAGUUGAGAUUUGCAGUUGCUGUCACUUCUGGAUUGGCUUCUCUUUUGGCAGAAAGAGUUUCCUCUUUGGUUCUACCCCAACAUUUUUUGAUUCUUUUAGUCUGCUGGUGUCUGCCACCUUCAGUCUGCUGCCCCAGCAGGUCAUCACAUACACUUAUUAAACCUCCUGAGCAAAAUUUGCCAGACGCUGAAAGACCAGAGCUGUCUCAAAAAUAGAGACGAAUGCUUUUAUUAAAGUAGAGUAGUGCUCAGAGCCUAGUUCACUCCAUGGUCCUCUACCAUCACCACAACGCCUCCUCUGAUGGAAACAGGAGUCGUAUGUACUGAUCCUGCCUAAAUCUACCACCAGUUCUUCAGUUUUUGCUACAUUAAAGAUCCACCAUGGUCUUUAUGAUCUGUGACAUCAGGGAUCUCUAAAGCCCCGCCCAUCAGAUGUUUGUAUCACUGGUGACGGUUAAGGAGAAUCCUUCUCUGUCUGAUUGGUUAGAUCCUAAAGAAUCAGACUUCAGACUGAAUCCCAUUAGAUCAGGAUGGUAAGGCUGUGUACAGUGUUGGUAAACAAUAAUAAAUUAUUCUGCUCUCAGAGUUCACGCUGGGCACCGCGGUUCGUAGAACAAGAAGGUAGUUCUUUGUAACCAGAGCUGUCUAAUUAGAGCUCUGUUGAAGACAAGAUACGUCUGCAUCAAAGAUUUUUGUAGCCAACAACAGUAAAUCCCCAGCUUCCUAACGUCUUCCACUAAUCAAUCAACCAACACUUUACUCAACAAACUAACAGACCAACUAAUAAGUCAUAUAACCAACUGACCAAUCAGUAAAUCAAACAACACUCCAAUAAAAGUGGCGGUUAUUCUCAUGGAAACAAUGACCAGCAUCUGGAGAUGGAUUUAGGAGCCUUGAUCUGGGGUCAGGAGGUUUAUCCAGAACCUGCAUGCUCUGAUCCAAUCAUCUGGUCUGGCUCCUGUCCUCCUACCAGACAUGGCCCGCACCAGAGGACUGUCCUGCUUCUACUGGGCCGACAAUCUCUUAGAACACAUGUGUCAGACACAGCAUUUUUAUGUGGCCCGGAAGAUAAAUAUCAAAAUAUGUUAAAAACUGACCCGCUGGCUGAUGUUACCGCAAAGACUACAACUCCCAUGAUGCUUUAUGGCUUUAGCACGGGCCGCAGGGCCGAAGCGUCCCCUCCUUUGUGUUUUUUCAAGCGUCUGCUGCCGGUGUCUGCUAGCCUAGUGAACUAGACCAAAUUCUUGCUUUGCAAAGUUUGGUCUAGGAACGCUCCACUGGAGCCUCUGCAGCCCUAACAGCAUUUUGGCUAGCCAAUCACAGCUCUCCAGAGGGGUUUCAAACACAUAAAGAGCUGUGAUUGAUCCAUAAUGGUGGGCCAAUCAUAGUGCUCUAUCUGCUUAGUGAACAAAUCACAGAGCUUUAUCCGCUUUGUGGGCCAAUCAGGGCACUUUAUAUGCCUGGUGGGUGGGAUGAUGCAACAGAGGGAAACAAGAUGGCGACAGCUCGUUUGAAACGGCUUUUACAUCAAUUUUGGACUAUUAGAACUUGGGCUUCAUUACAAUCAGGAGCAGAUAGAUGUAUUUAAGUGCUUUUUCUUUUUAGAAAAAAUGAUGUGUUUUCUCCUUCAACUGUGGGCCGCCUCAUUUACUGAUAGCUGUUGCGGUGAGUAUGUCACAUUCAUUGUCCAGUAGCAUGCGGAGAUCAUUUGAAAGACAACGGUAGAAACCACCCUACAACCGAGAGCCAUCAAUGGAGCGUUGCCAGACUAAAUAAUACAUUUAUUUAGUCUGGAUUGCCAGGCUAGGUGUCUGCAGCAGCUCCGCUGUCUCGGACAAACUAAACACUCCUCUCACUCAGCGCCGAGUUUACUCAGCUGUUUGCCGACGUUGAAGCCCAGAAACGGAGAUUUUAACCGCUCAGUAAUGUGUUCACGACUGAAAGAGAAAGUUUUCCAACUAACUUCCAGACAGAGCUGAUAUAACUCCAGCGAGCAGCGAUACGCUCAAAUCAGCACGGCUCUGUGGCUGCUGUAGUUUUUAUUUUUCCUCCCCGACACACAUUAAUGUGGUCAAGCUGCUCAGACACUCUCCAUGUUCAGCAGCACAAAUCUUUGUGAGCACCUGUUGUCAUCUAGUGUUGUCAUUAUUAUGAUGAAGAUGAACAAAACAACAGGAGUCUCCUCCUCAGCUCAGAGCUGAACCCCAUGAUGCAGGUAUCUGGCUGGAACAGGUGAGCAUCACAGUAAACCAGUGGAGCAAACUGAGCUUUAAACAUGUUGGUUUUAUGCUCUUUUUCUGCUCCAAAACAUGAAACAGGUGAGAUGUUGCAUUUUCAUUUAAGAUAAAAUGAUAUAUUUAUUUUGUUGUUGGCCCGUGAGAAAAGAUUUAACCUGCAGUAGAACAGGAACUGGAAAGGCUGCAGAUAGAUGAAUAGAAUAGAAAAUCCCUUUAUUGUUCCUCAGUGGGGAAAGCUAGACGUCACAGCAGUGAUGACACUUAUUACAGGAGAAAAAAAGGAGAAUAAAUUAGAAAAAUUAACAAGAAAACAUAAAUCCUGAAUAGAUUUUAAAAAUGCUGAUUAUACCACAAGUAAUGAAUACCACUGAUACGUUUUAUUUAAAACUGACUUUCUUGUGUGUAAUUUGGUUAUUCCACAUUCAGUGUUGAUGCAAAAAUAAGUUUGUUUCCAAAUUAAAAGUUUCAAAAUUGCAUAUAUGUUGAUAAAGAAAAUGUGCAAAUUUGCCGUCACUUUUUCAAAAAAUAUUAAGUUUGGCCCUUGACUCCGUCCCAGAUUUUCAUUUCGGCCCCGUGUGAGUUUGACUUUGACACCCCUGGUCUAGAACGUUUGAUAGAGAACAGACUGCUGGUCAGAACCUCAGAACAAACCGUGAGGCUCACACCUUCAUGUGUAGAGUGGAACGUUUUAUAGUCUUUGAUUUUUAUUUCAUUAAACAGAUAAAAACAAAAUUUGAUUUAAUUAAAUAAAAAUGAAAGUCAUCCCAGCAAAACAGAUCAAAACGAGAAAUCAAGGCUAAAAUAGUGUUAAUGGUUCUGUUUGCUCCGGAGCUGGAAAUAGAACCACCAGCAUCAUUUAAACACGUUUAACUGGUUUGUGUUUUAACUGAUGUCAUUUAUUUAGUUUUCUUUAAGUCUUGCAGCUCUAACUGAAAGUGUUUGUUGUUUUUCAGAUGUUAGUGAUUUUAUUUUGUUCUUGUUCACUCAUACUAAUGCUAUAAAUGCAUUUUAUGAAUAAAGUUAGUAUGAUCAAAUGAAAACUGGUUGUAUUUUCACUACCAAGGUUUUACAUUUUUUAUGUUGAAAGUUUUAUUCCCAUUAUCAGAUGUGAUUUCAAACUAACGAGAUAUUUCAAAAGUACAAGUGUACUACAAUAUUACAUUGCGAGAACUAAUGAAUGCAUCUCUAAAUAAUAAUAAUGAUAAUAAUGCAUUGAACUUAUAUAGCGCUUUUCUAGACACCCAAGGACGCUUUUUCACACACACUCUCACAUUCACACACUGCUCGUGAUGGUAAGCUACUUGUAGCCACAGCCGCCCUGGGGAGGUCUGACAGCCAUUUGGCGCCGUCGGCCCUUCUGACCACCACUAACACAGGCAAGUUGGGUGAAGUGUCCUGCCCAAGGACACAACAGUAGGAUACACCUGGCGGGAGCUGGAAUCGAACCCAUGACCCUCCGAUUAUGAGGCAAUUCGCUCUACCAAGUGAGCUACUGCUGCCCCGAAAUGGGCAAUGGGCAAUUAUUUUCCAUCACAACCCCUCGGGGAACGUCGUUUUUUUAAUUUCCGGGUUGAGAAGGCUUCGCCUUAUAUUCUGCAGGCACCGUGCUCCUGUGUGUUGCUCGUUCUGAUGGAUAAAACAGGCAGCCUGCUGGUUAGACUGAGGGCUGUAGCCACUUACAAAUUUUCAUUGACCAGUCCAGUUAUUAUGUCUUGGUAAGGCUUGAUGCAAAAUUUCAUGAAAAUGUCGGAGACCCCAGUAAGAAUGGCUCCUGCACUGAGAUUGGAGCUAUUGAGGUUCUCAGUAAAUAAAUAAAUGAACUCAACGAGUGGGGCUGGGUUACAAUAACUCAAUAUUAGCUUGGAGAGGUUGAUCCUGUAUAAUCUGACCAGUAUUCAGCUUUUUCAGUUGUCUCCUUUGAAAUGUGGAUACUUCCACAUCCUGAGUCAUGGCAGCCCUUUAAAGGCGGAAUAUGGAACAGGAACACCAAAGCGACAUCUAGUGUGUGUAGGUUGUAGUUGCAUCAGUAGAAAAAGGUUUCCAGCUGUCGGGAUUCCAGGUUUGCUGCCGAUGACGUUUUUUAUUUGUGUCUGUCUGUUGUAGGCUUCGCCCAAACUUGGUCGUUCUUCUUCUGAGAAGGAUAACGACAUCUUCUGGGCUCAGAAGCAGCUGCUUGAAUUGCCGAGUCCACCGUUUUCUACAGCAGACUAUUUGGCAUUCUGCAAUGGCGCCCUCUGUUGGCUGGGAGAUGUAAACAUAAAGCCAGUGUUGUGCCGUCAAAAUAAUAAUUUGAUUAUUUUUAAUAAAAUAUAGCUUUUAAAGGAAAACCUGCACCUUCGUUCUAAACAUCUCUAAAAGGUGUUGUUUUUGUAAAAUAAAUCCUCGUCAUGUAACAUCAUGUGUUCACCUUCAGGACUGAACCCAUCAGGUCCUCAUCUGAUCGUGACUCGCCUCAA